AUGGCUGCCGAGGGCGCCAAAGUGGUGGUCAACGACAUUGGUGCGAGCUUAAGCGGCGAUGGGCUUGAUGCAGGCCCCGCGCAAGAAGUGGUCAACGCCAUCAAGGCCAAAGGCGGGCAAGCUAUCGCCAGCACCGAUAGCGUCUCUGAAGAAGCCAGCGCCAGCCGCGUCAUCCAAGCGGCAAUGGACAGCUUUGGCCGCCUGGACUGCGUAGUCAACAAUGCGGGCAUUUUGCGCGAUCGCUUCUUCCACUCCAUGAGCGCCGAUGAGUUUGACGCGGUGGUCAAAGUUCACCUCUACGGCACCUUCUACAUGAGCCGCGCGGCCGCGCCACAUUUCAAGCAACAGUCCAGUGGCUCUUUGGUGCAUAUGACUUCGACCUCGGGCCUGAUCGGCAAUAUGGGCCAAGCCAACUACUCAGCGGCCAAGAUGGGUAUUGUCUCUCUGUCCAAAUCCAUCGCGCUGGAUAUGGAGCGCUACAAAGUGCGCUCGAACUGCAUUUCGCCCUUUGCCUGG